CGAGCUAAACGUCCCGUUGUUUUUUUCAUCACUUGUUUCCGCGGUGACCUCCAGAACCAGUCCGGUGAAUUCGCUUCGUCUCGCGGACCAACCUCGAGCCGGUGCGCGUCGCGUGCGAGGCAAAGCAACGACCUACAAUUGGCCGAGGUGGGUUUUUUCUAAAGGGGCGUAUUUUUCAAGCCAUCUUGACUGAAUAUUUAGCCUCAUCCAAGGUACAUUAAUUUGAUAUUUUGGGGCUUUCGCUGUCCCCAAAUUGCUCACCACCAUCGGUUAAAAGGCUCAAGCCGCACCGAUGUGACCGGGUCGAGUUUGUGUGCUUAACCGAAGCCCCGGCGGAGAAGUGGAGCGCUGAAAAUGUCGCUCCUGAAAUUACCGGCCAGCUAAGCUAACAUGUCCGCCUUGGUCGGAGUCUGUCACUAGCUGACAUUUAGCCAGGUGCAGCUUUUUCUGUGGGCAACUCGCACUGCUGAGGACGACUUAUCGAGAGCAGAGAAGUGAAGUCCCAUGCGGAAGGUGAAGAGGUGGGAAUGCGGGACGGUUGUUAGAAGACUCAACAUGGGAAGGGGUCGAGGCAGAGGGAGAGGAAGAGGCAGGGGAUCAUCUGGUCAGUUACGGCCCCCCUCGCCUUAUAAACUGCAGCUCUCUCCAUCCAGGGAGACUUUGACAUAUGCUCAGGCCCAGAAGAUUGUGGAAGUGGACCUGGAUGGAAGGCUCCAUCGCAUAAACAUCACAGAUCUUCUGCCAGUUAUUACAGAGGACGAGAUGAUGGCUCAGGAUCUUGCUGAAUGCAACAGCAACAAGGAGAACAGCGAGCAGACUCAAAGUAAAAGCAAAUCGUGGAAGAAACCAUCAAACAAUAAAACCAGAAAGAUCAGUAAAAAUGCAUCUCAACAGAACCACCGUUCUGGCUCUCAGCAGCAUGCUGGAUCUCUGCAGCACCCAUCCAAUCAAACUCUUCUGCCUGAGCCCACCUUUCGCACUCUAAGUUCAGUUUCACCUUCAGAGACGCCUCCUCUCCCACCCGCCUACUACCGCUACAUAGAGAAGUCGGGGGAGGAGCAGGACAGUGUAGCCGAGUACGACAUGGAUGAGGAGGACCUGGCUUGGCUGGAGAUGGUGAACCAGAAGAGGGUGUCUGACGGCCAUGCAUCUGUUUCUCCGGACACUUUUGAGCUUCUGAUUGAUCGCCUGGAGAGGGAGUCCAUCCUCGAGUCACGCAGCCAGGCUCUGUCCCAGAGCACCGUUGAUGAGGAUGCCUUUUGCUGCGUCUGCUUGGAUGACGAAUGUCUGAACAGCAACGUCAUCCUGUUUUGUGACAUCUGCAACCUAGCCGUCCACCAGGAGUGUUAUGGAGUGCCCUACGUACCUGAAGGCCAGUGGCUGUGCCGCUGCUGCCUGCAGUCCCCCUCCCGCCCUGUAGACUGUGUCCUCUGUCCUAACCGAGGAGGUGCCUUCAAACAGACCAGCGAUGGACGAUGGGCUCAUGUUGUCUGUGCCAUAUGGAUCCCAGAGGUGUGCUUUGCUAACACAGUGUUCUUAGAGCCCAUCGAGGGGGUCAAGAACAUUCCUCCCGCUCGCUGGAAGCUCACGUGCUACUUAUGCAAGCAGAAAGGCAGGGGAGCAUCUAUUCAAUGCCAUAAAGCCAACUGCUACAGAGCUUUUCACGUCACCUGCGCCCAGAAGGCUGGACUUUAUAUGAAAAUUGACCCGGUCCGAGAGACGGGAGUUAACGGCACCACCUUCUCUGUGAAGAAGACUGCUUUCUGUGAGCAUCACUCUCCUGUUGGGUCUCGGCGGGACGGAUCUGGAGAUGAGUCUGUGGAAGGGAGGAUGGUAGGGGGGAGGGGUAACCGGGGUCAGAGGUCAUACACUCAAAGUCCGCCUUCACCUGUCAACAAGAAGGCAGCCAAGGGCCAAAAGAAGAAGAAUACAAAAAGAUCUGGGUCGACGCGCCGUUCUAAUAUUCCUGUGCUGCUUGUUCCUCAGAUCCCCUCUCACAGGCUGAAUAAGAUCUGCACAGGAGUGGACGUGCUGAGGAAAAACCAGUUCAUGCAGAGACUUCAUAAUUAUUGGUUACUGAAGCGACAGUCACGCAACGGCAUGCCUUUAAUACGCCGGCUCCAUUCCCAUCUGCAAGCUCACAAGACCACAGAACAGCGGGAGCCUGACAAGAAGCUGAGCGCUGCCAGGGAGGAACUACGAUACUGGCAAAAGUUGAGGCAAGACUUGGAAAGAGCUCGACUGCUGGUGGAACUCAUCCGAAAAAGAGAGAGAUUAAAGAGGGAACAGAUGAAAAUCCAGCAGGCUGCCCUUGACUUAACCUUGACUCCUGCUCUGGUGCUUCUGCAAUCCACUUUGGACCAACUACAGGAGAAGGACACAGCCAAAAUCUUCUCUCAGCCCGUCAAUCUAUCAGAGGUCCCAGAUUACCUGGAGUUUAUAUCCCAGCCCAUGGACUUCGCCACCAUGCGUUCCAAACUGGAGGGCCAUGCCUAUUGCUCAAUCGGGGACCUAGAGAAGGACUUUGAUCUCAUGAUCUCCAACUGCCUCAAGUACAACUCCAAGGACACCAUGUUCCACAAAACAGCCUUACAACUACGGGAAGUGGGGGGAGCCAUUCUCCGUCAUGCACACAGACAGUCUCAAAGCAUCGGCCUUGACCCCAGCACGGGUAUGCACCUGCCAGAAGCGCCAAACAAACAUGGCUUCUACCAAUGCACAUGGGAAGAUGUUGAUUCUCUCCUGGAUCCCGACAACAGAUUGCACCUAACCACAGACGAUCAGCUCAAGGCUUUGUUAGAAAAACUGGAUAUCGUCUCAUCCAUGCGCACCAGCGGCGGUCGCACCAAACGCAUUAGGCUGCUGCGCCGAGAGAUCAACUCUCUGAGGCAGAAGAUGAACCAGGAGCAGCAGAAUACUCAGUCUGUGAAUGGAAACAAUGAGGAGGAGGAGGAAGAAAAUGAGGAGGAAGAGGAGAUUGAGGAGGAAAAGCAGGAGAAAGCCAAGAAAAAAGAGAAAGCGAAAUUAGAGAAUGGGCCUUUAACUGCUGUAUCAAACUCCGGGACAGACGACUCUCCACCUGUGCUCGAGCUUACCUGCCCGGUAUCGUCGCCCUUACCAGGAGAUGCCCCUCUGGAGCCCCCUGUUCUGGGCAUUGUGACAGGGGGGCGGAGGUCACCAGGGCGUUCCUACAAGCGUCAGAGGUCCUCGCGCAGUGGGAGCAAAAGCCAAGGUGAAGAUGAAGCGGAAGUGGGAGAAACACCCUUUUCACAACCGGAGGCCGUUCACGAGGUUACACCACUUGGCGCUCCUCCAACUCUUCCGCUGGUCGGAGUUGGUCGUCGCACAUCCGUUUUGUUUAAGAAAGCUAAAAACGGGGCAAGGAUGGGAAAAAGCAAAUCCCCUCCUCCUCCUUGUCAGAAUGGGAAAACCUCUGAGGAGAAAACAAACGGACUGGACACCUCUUCUGUUAGCCAAAACUCAACCGCCACUCUUCGUCCAGCUCCUAACACUUCUCCUGCUCCUUCCUCCCCGUCCUCACACCACCUGAGGUCAAGAGGCCCCAGCUUAGAAAGUGAGAUAGACAAACCUCCUGCACCUCCCAGAGAAGGCCUAACAAACGGAAAGCACAUUUCUGCAGAACAGGAUCGGGAUGAAGAUGAUGAAGAUGACAAGGAGGAGGAGGAGGAUGGUGAUGAGCCAGACCUAACCGUUCCUCCUCUCAAACGUAGUCGGGGGAAACCAGCUUUGGCCAAAGUUCCAAGUAAAGAGAACAGAGACAUCUCCGUGUCUGGUAAGUCUACACUUCUGUCUUUAGAUGGUGAUACGGAGCUAUCACCACUGGACCUGGUUUGGGCAAAAUGUAGAGGAUAUCCCUCCUACCCAGCGAUGAUUGUUGAUCCAGACAUGCCUCAGGAAGGACUCCUCCACAAUGGCAUCCCCAUCCCAGUGCCUCCCGUGGAGGUGCUCAAACUGGGCGAAUGGAGGAAGACGGAGGAAGAUGAGAAGCUUUUCUUGGUGCUCUUCUUUGACACCAAAAGAACUUGGCAAUGGCUUCCUCGGGACAAACUACUGCAGAUGGGGAUCGACGACACUGUAGACAAGCUGCGCUUAAUGGAAGGCAAAAAACCCAGCGUGCGCAAGUCUGUACACACUGCAUAUGACCGGGCAAUGGUGCAUUUAAACCACGUGAGAGGAAAUCUUAACUUCACUCCCUCCAAUUUUAUAUAGAUUUUACUUUAAAGAGUUUUAUUAUCGUAAACGAGACCGCUGAUCAUAUGUAUAGAAGACUCUUCGACCCUUUUACAAAAUGUGGGAAAGUACAAAACACUUCCUUAGCUUGUUAAAUGAAUUUGUUCAUGUAUUGGUGUACAUUUUUAAAAAGGGUUUUACACGACUGUUGCUGUGUGUUGAUAUGAAGUUUUUAUUAUAGGCCAAAGUGAGUCGCGACUCAGUGGAGAGAUCUGUUGUUUAUCUGGCAAAGGGACAUAUUUAGAUUGUAUUUGCUAUUAAAAUGUCACUGUGUGUUAUCAAGUCUCACUUUAACAUUCACACCAUGACUGGACUCUGGUGGUUAAAAAUAUCAUAUUUAUGUUUAUUUACUUGGCAGAAGUUUUUAUCCAAAGCAACGUACAAUUGUUAACCUAUAGGGCAUGUUGUGAUCUGUGGGGAAAACCGGAGUUCCCAGAGGAAACCUACGCAGGCACAGGGAGAACACGCUACUCCGCGCAAAAAGGCUGCAGCCGAGUUUCGAACCUGCAACCUUCUUGAUGCGAGGCAACAGUGCCAAUAACUGUGUGUGUGUGUGUGUGUGUGUGUGUAUAUAUAUAUAUAUAUAUAUAUAUAUAUAUACAUACACAAACCAGCCCACUACUGUAGAUCUAAAAAUGUUUUUUGACACACUUGAUUAUAUCCUACUCUUUCUGAGAUGUUUCAUUAAAGUUGAAAUGAGAAAUUAAUUUAGUCCAGCCAUGGUGUCCUGUUGGUGUGACUUUUAACUGUGUUUGAUGAGUUUUCCAUAUUGUGAAACUGUAAAAUACUCGAAUGUUAAAGUGGCCGGCGCAUCAAACUGGUCAGGAAAAUUUAAAGCCACUACAAAGCUGAAGCAGAGAAAUUAACUGCGAUAACUUACUGAAAACCUUGCAUUUGUUACCAAAUCUGACUGAAAAGACUUGAAAAGCACAAAUGCUCUGGUUUAA